CGCGACGGGAGGGCGGCCCCACGCAAAUGAAGGGGGCGGUGCUCUGCAAACGAGCCCGGCGCCUGCGCCCAGCGGGCAGCCGCCAUGGCGGCGCCGGGGGAGGAGCGCUCGGAGCCGCGGCUGCGGGAGACCCCCGAGGACAUCUGCUUCGAGGCGACGGCCAACGCCAUCGCCCUGCACCCCGCCCGGCCACUGCUGGCGGCGGGGGACGUGGACGGCGACGUCUACUUGUACUCGUACUCCUGCACCGAGGGGGAGAACCGGCAGCUCUGGUCAUCGGGGCAUCACCUCAAGUCGUGCCGGGACGUGGGCUUCUCCCAGGACGGGCAGAAGCUUUUCACCGUGUCCAAGGACAAGUCCAUCCACGUCCUGACGGUGGAGGAGGGACGGCUGGAAACGCGCUUCCCCAAGGCCCACGGCUCGGCCCUUAACUGCGUGCUGCCCAUCGACAACCACGUCUUUGCCACGGGCGACGACGGUGGGGCACUGAAGGUGUGGGACCUGCGCAAGGAGGAUGCCAUCUUGGAGGCCCGUGAGCAGGAGGAGUACAUCAGCGCGAUGGCCGUGGACGGUAACGGGAAGAUCCUGCUGACCACCAGUGGUGAUGGCACCCUCGGCGUCUUCAACGUGAAGAGGCGGCGCUUUGAGCUGCUCUCAGAGCCACAGAACGGGGACCUGACGUCUGUCGUGCUGCUGAAGAGAGGGAGGAAGGUGGCAUGUGGCUCCAGCGAAGGCACCAUCUACCUCUUCAACUGGGAUGGCUUCGGGGCCGCCAGCGACCGCUUUGCUCUGAGGGCUGAGUCCGUUGACUGCAUGGUCCCCGUCACGGACAGCAUCGGCGGUGAACGUCCUGCCGAACCGGGUGCUGGGCUGCGUGGGGCAGCACGUUGGGGAGCCCAUCGAGCAGCUGGCGCUGGCCCCGGGCGGGCAGCUGCUGGCCAGCUGCGCCCACGACCAGAAGGUGAAGUUCUGGGACGUCUCGGCCCUGGCGGGGCUGGUGGUGGACGACUACCGGAAGAAGAAGAAGAAGGGGGGCCCGCUGCGGGCCCUCAGCGGCAAGGCGGCGGGCAGCGGGGAGGACUUCUUCGCCGAUCUGCGGGACGAGGCCGGGCCGGGGCCGGCGACAGGGAGCGACAGCGACGGCGACAGCAGCGACUGAGGGGCGGGGCCGCGCCCGGGGGGGUGUGGCUCUGGGGGGGGGCGGUGCCUCGGUAGCGGGGGAGGUGGGGUCUGAUUGGCUCCCAGGGCUGCCACUCAGGCUGGGAUGCAGGCGGCUUCUUAAAGGGGCGGGG